UAUUGCACGGAAAGAUACAGUUUGAUAAGAAUGGAACAGAUAACAUUAGAAAUGUUUUGAAAUUAUGGUAGCCUUGAGUCCAACAAGUCCACACUGACAAACACGAACUGAGAACUCAUAAAAGGACAUUUGGUUUUCUAAAUAAGGGGUAAGAACUCUGGAGAGUUUUAAAGAACGAUAACUCAUUCUGAAGAAGAAGAAAAAUGACAAUCAUCUAUCAGAACCGCGUGGCUACUACAUCUUUGGGAGGUUUCUUGAGGCUGUUGAUUGCCUGGAAGGGGAGUGUGUACAAGCUGCUGUACAAGGAACUGGUCAUCUUCUUGGUCAUGUACGCAACGAUAAGUAUGAUCUACAGGCUGGCACUAACGGAGAGCCAACAGAGAACAUUCGAGACGAUGGCUAUAGAAUGCCGUUCUGCGACCAGCGUCAUCCCUCUGUCGUUCCUGCUGGGGUUCUACGUGACGUUUAUUGUGGGCAGGUGGUGGCAGCAGUUCCACAACGUUCCCUGGCCGGACAGGACCCUGUUUGUCAUGUCCACUUAUCUCCACGGCUUCGAUGAGAAAUCACGCAUGAUGAGAAGAGCAGUGGCAAGGUACGUGCUGUUCGGCCUGAUCCUGAUCCUGCGUUGUACAAGUGUGUCUGUCAUGAAGAGGUUCCCUACACUAGACCAUGUCGUGGAGGCAGGUUUUGUGACCAAAGAGGAGGUGGAGAUGUACGAGAAGGUUCAGUGCCGAUACAUCAAGUUCUGGGUGCCCAUCGUCUGGGCCAACCAUGUCCUGGUCACUGCCAGAAAGGAGGGGAGGAUCCAGACGGACUUUGGUCUCAGGAUGGUCAUCGAGUAUCUUGCUGACUUCCGAGACAAAUGCUCUGUAUGCUUUGUGUAUGAUUGGAUCACUGUGCCACUCGUCUACACACAGGUGGUGACACUAGCCGUCUAUACCUACUUUGCUGUGGCGCUGGUAGGACAACAGUACCUAAACCCUGAUAAAAAGUACGAAGGUUAUGAAGGAGAUUUCUACGUACCUGGGUUUACCAUCAUGCAGUUCCUCUUCUAUAUGGGCUGGUUAAAGGUCGCUGAGCAGAUGAUUAAUCCUUUUGGUGAGGACGAUGAUGAUUACGAUUUUAAUUGGCUGUUGGACAGACACACAGCUGUAGCUUUCUGUUUGGUUGACCAGUGUUAUGGUAAACAUCCGGGCUUCAUCAGAGAUGCAUUCUGGGAUGAUGAGAAUCCUGACAUUCCAUACACAGAGUCAUCACUCAGCUCUGUCAGGCCUAAUUUCAUGGGCACCACAUUCAAUAUUCAACGACCAACUUUGGAAGAAGAGAAAAUGAUCAUGUCUGAUCACGAGGACACCCAAAACCAGAAUGAUUGGUCCAACGGACAAAGGAAGCGUUCCAUCACGGGUUCGUUCCUCAGCCUCCUCCAGCACCGUCACAGCCGGGCCCACGGGUCUCACGUGACCUUGAACUCGUUCGGCAGCGGCCUCGGGCGCCAGACCCUGAUGCCGAAUGGUCACCCUGGCAACGAGACCAACAACAACAACAGGCGGUCGUCGCUCGAUAUCCCGGUAAGACAAAGAUCCAACACGGAGUCUGAGAUCGCAGACCCACCAAAACGAGGCCGGAAGUUGAGUCUCCCGUUUGGCAUCAACCUGUUCACCAAACCUAGAACACCUGUAAUGCCCAGGUUUAUCGUGGAGCCUGUUAAAGAAGCAGACGACGUUCUAGAACUUCCCCCUAAACCCAGGAGAUCUGGUCUGGUCAACAUCGCACCCCAGAACUCAGACAAAGUCUCCAGAAUACCGGAACUAUCAGCCAUUGAAGAGGGCAACACAGUGACGAGCAUGGCCCAGCUUAUAAAGGGCGGCACCAUACGACGUGUGGUCAGUACAGAGUCCACUGGGUUCGAGGGUAACGAGGACAGUAUGACGCAACCAGCUCGUGAGGAACACAACACCAAUGUCAGGGACAGCCGUAAGCCGUACACGCCCCUGCGAGAGAGGAAAGAGUUCAAGUUCGAACCCUUGAUCGUCGAGGCUGACGAGGAGUACGAGACGGCCUACGCCACCUCUGAGCCAGGGACCCCCGUCAAUCAUUAUUUUGACGCCAUAGAUUCCAUGGACGGAGCUAAGGAAAGUUUCAUCAACAAGCGGAAAGGGGGACAAUCAGGGGGAAGUAAUGCAAGGAGAUAACUCUGAUUUUAUUUUUGUUAAAGUGAUAAAAACAAAGCAUCUCUUGAAAUAUUGGAACAAUUAACUAUAUAUUCAUUUGGUUUAAUACCAGUAUGAAGCAUAUAAUAUUUAAAUAUGUAUUAUUUUAAAAAGAAGUUCAUGAUUGCUAUUUUAAUUAAUAUAGAUAUCUUAGAGUUUUCUAUUGCUGCUGUUCUGUAGUGGUACCGGUACUUUACUGAGAAAAAAAAAUCAUUUUUUUUUUGUUUAAAUGACAAAACGGAGCCAUAGAAGACCUCUGUAUUUUGGACAAGUAGUGAUUUUACAAAUAAACAAUUAUCGCUUGGGUGUAAUGAACGUAACGGGGUAAAAAUAAUCGCACCCACGACGUGAUCGCUCUCAUUGUGAUGAGCUAGAUGUUAUGUAAAAAAGAACUAGAAAAGAACAGCUCUACAACGUUAGGUAUUUUGUCGAUAAGAAAAAACAACAUUGAUUGAUGUGCCUUAUCCUAAUAUAGUUUAGUUCUUCGUGAUUUUUUUUUCGCUAACUUAAAGCACUACUAUAACUACAGGGCAAUGUUAUGUUUCUUUUUUUAAACAAUAUUUCGUCCACCGCUUUGUUAUAUCAGGUGAAAUACGAUUUAAGGCCCACAUUUCUCGAGUUCGAAUCCAGGUUCAAGUCAGUUGAACGUCUUUGAGUUUACCCUUCUGAUGGGUACCUGAUAGGAUAGCAAAGCGCCUGGGCAGAAACAAAAACACCUUUAAAAAAUGUAAAAAAUAAAUUUAAAAAACAAACAAAAAAAAAAAAAAAAAAACUACUGUUUCUUUUUGUUUAGUAUAAAUGCUCAAACCCGUGAAGGGAAUCGUAUUGUUUACCUCUUGUUUGCUGUUUUCUUUAGACUGAUUACAAGCAUGCACUACGUUUACCAUCAUUCAUCUAAGCAUCCACAUUAGCACACAUUAGCCUUGACUAAAAUACAACUGCCCUACAUUUUCAUCGUUGUCAUUUUUUUAAUUACCGUGAGCAGGGGUGGACUGGCUGUGCCCAAGAGGCCCGGGUAAAUUUAAAAGGGGCCCCCAACCCCAGAUUGAAAUUUUUAUUCUGCGUUUUAUCCCAAUGAUCAUCCUCAGCUAGAUGGAAAAAUCACGCGACAAAUAAUCAUUUAAAAAAUCAAGGCACCGAAGGCCUUGUAGUAGAGCUACGUUGC